AAAAUCGCGAGGUCGCACACGCGGUGUCUUGUGGAUUCAAAAUUAUGAUUAUUUCCAUCACCCCUUGGCUUUUUCGCUCCAUUCGGCCAUGCCUUACAAAUUUCGCUCCACUCCCAUUCUUCUCUUCCUCUCCUCUUUCAACUGCAUUGAGGCCGAUCCUUUAGUUAUUUCAGUUCUCCUAAUAACCUUCAUUGGACUUGAGUUUGGUUAACACAAAACAAUGGUGAAAGCUGUAGCUGUUCUUGAGAGCAAUCAGGGAGUCAGUGGAACCAUCUUCUUUAGCCAAAAUGGCAAUGGUCCAACUACAAUUACAGGAAAUAUUUCUGGUCUUAAGGCAGGGCUCCAUGGCUUCCAUGUCCAUGCCCUUGGGGACACAACCAAUGGUUGCUUAUCAACUGGGCCACAUUUCAACCCUGAAGGCAAAGACCAUGGUGCUCCAGAUGAUGAAAAUCGUCAUGUUGGUGAUCUUGGAAAUGUGGUUGCCGGUGAUAAUGGUACUGCUACUUUCUCUAUUAUUGACAAACAGAUUUCCCUUGUUGGACGAAAUUCCGUUCUUGGAAGGUCUAUUGUUGUCCAUGCAGAUCCUGAUGAUCUUGGCAGGGGUGGAACUGAACUUAGCCUGACCACUGGCAAUGCGGGUGAGAGAAUAGGUUGUGGCGUUAUUGGACUGCAAGAGUGAAGUACACUUCGACUUGCAUGGUCUGUGAUGAUUGAUGAACAAGUAUGAUGUAUAAAAUGCUUUAUUUUGGAACAUAUAUAUUGUAUCUAAAAUAAGACGGCUUCAAGCCUUAUAGCAGAAAUAAAUAAAAUUAGCAUGAAAAAAUCUAAUCUUAUCUUUUAUUUA